AUGCCCUUCCUUCCUUUCUUUCUUUCUUUCUUUCUUUCUUUCUUUCUUUCUUUCCACAUGUCUGAUUACAUUCUUCAUUUUUUCUUUCAUUUUUUCUUUCUUUCUGCUUAUCUCCUGUCCAUAUCUAUCUCAGCCUGUUCAUAUUUAUCUAUCAUUGCCUGUUCAUAUCUAUCUAUCUAUCUAUCUAUCUAUCUAUCUAUCUCUGUUAAUAUAUUUUUCUAUCUAUCACAACAUGUUCAUAUCUAUAUAUCUCAGCCUGUUCAUAUCUGUCUAUCUGUAUCUCUCUCUCUCUCUCUCUAUCUAUCUAUCUAUCUAUCUAUCUAUCUAUCUAUCUAUCACACUCUGUUCAUAUCUAUCUCAGCCUGUUCAUAUUUAUCUAUCACUGCCUGUUCAUAUCUAUCUAUCUAUCUAUCUAUCUAUCUGACUUUUCUUCUGUUUGAAUUUAUUUUUCAUUCUUUUUUUAUCUUUCUUCUGCCUGUCUCAUACGUUCUCCCUUGCUUUCUUUCAUUUUUCUUUCUUUCUUUCUUUCUUUCUUUCUUUCUAUCUAUCUAUCUAUCUAUCUAUCUAUCUAUCUUUCUUUUUUUCUUUCUUUUUUCUUUUCUCCCGUCUUUCUUUCUUUCUUUUCACCUAUUUUCUUCUUACCUUUCUUUUUCCUUAUUUUUUCUUUCAUUCCUCAUUUUUCCAUUUUCUCUUUCAUUUUUCUUUCAUCUAACUGACACCUUUAUUUUGUACUUUUCUUUUUCUCUCUCUUUUAUGUGUUUAUUCUUUUUACCUUCUGUUUUUCUUUCUUUCAUUUUUUUCUUUCUUUCUUUCGUUUAUUAUAAAAAUGUACGAUUAGCUUUUGUUCAUUAUAAAACAUAUUACAUUAUUUUUUCGUUUUAUAUUCCUUUCUUUCCUUCAUUCUUUCAUUGUUAUAAAGCUUAUUACGUUCGACAUUCUUUGUUUUUCUUCCUUUCUUUCUUUCUUUCUUUCUUUCGUUCUUUCUUUCUUUCUUUAAUUUUGUUACUUAUUAAACAAUAUUAUACUAUUUUUCUUCAUUUUUUCUUCUUUUCUUUUCUUUCUUUUUUCUUUAUUAUAAAAUAUAUUACAUUCGUUUUUCUUCUUUUUUUAUUUGUCUUUCUUUAUUCUUUCUUUCUUUGUUAUAAAUAUCACAUUUGUUUUUUCUUUUAUUGUCUUUCUUUAAUUCUUCUUUCAUUUUUUCUCUAUUAUAAAAUAUAUUACAUUCGUUUUUCUUCCUUUUUGUUUGUUUCCUUCUUUCUUUAUUUUAAAACAUAUUACAUACUUUUUCUUUUCUUUCUUUCGUUCUUUCUUUCAUUCUUUCUUUCUUCCUCUUUCAUUUCGCCAUUCUUUUCAUCUCUGAUAUUCUUUUUUACCUUUCUUUUUUGUUUCUUUUUCUCUUCCAUUUUCUUUCUUUCUUUCCUUCUUUCUUUCUUUCUUUCCUUCUUUCUUUCUUUCUUUCUUUCUUUCUUUAGGGCAUUUUACCUUUAUAUACCUUUUUAUCUUUGUUCUCUAUUCGCGGAAUUGACAUUUACUCCCCAUCACCUAACCAACAUCCGGCAGUUCCUAAUAGCCUAUCUGUUAUGCUUACCUUCGAACCGAUCUAUCAACUCCGUGAUGUCCACUGUUUUUUUUUCAUCUCAUUCAUUCCCUUUUCCUUUCUCUUUCUCUCUCUCUCUCUCUCUUUCUCUCUCUCUCUCUCUCUCUCUCUUUCAUUAUUUUCUAUUUCUUUACUCGUUAAUACUUUCUUUUUUGCUCACUGAUACCCUUUCUUUCUUUCUUUCUUUCUUUCUUUCUCUCUCUCUCUCUCUCUCAUUGUUUCUUUCGUCUUUUCUUUCUUUGUCUUUUUUCUUCCAUUCACUCCCUUCCUUUCUCUCGUUCUUUUUUACUCUCUCUUUCUUUCGUCCCUUUCAUCUCUUCUUUUCACCCACUCGCUCUCUUUUUCUUUCUUCCGUUCUUGUUCUUCAUUUCUUUUUCUUUCUUUCUUUCUUUCUUUCUUUCCGCUUUCUCUCUCUCUCUAUCAUUCAGAUUUUAAUGCUUACUAUUUUUUGA